CUUAUCUUUCACUCUCUCUUUCCCACAGACACUCACACACAAAUUCUUCUUCUUCUUCUUCUUGUUUUCUUCUUUCAUAUUGAAUCAGCUUUCUUUCUCUAUCUUCUUCAUAGUUUCUGUGUUAAACGAGUAAAUAUACACCGACACUACUACUUGACCCAGGUCAGCAUCUUCUUCUCAGAUGUGCCAUGAAAAUCCUCGACAAAGAGACAAAGGAGUCAGAGCCCCGUUACAGCAAUGAGACAAGACGACUCAGAGUGCUUUCUUCUCUUUAAUCCCUUUUUACCCUUUUUCUCUACCCCUACCAGGCUCGAUCCAAUGCAAACGGUGUCGUUCCUCCCUUUGGUUCUAUUUUAAACCUUUUCUCCUUUGAGAAACGCGUGCCCAAAAUUGUGAUAACGUCAUCCUCAUCAACCAAGUCCAUUCCCCAUUCAGCACUUCAAAAGUUUGAAACUCUCUAUUGCUAAAAAAAUGGUUUCUUUCUUCGAUUUACCAACCAACAAAAAAUUUCAAACAAACAAAUAUAAAAAUCUUUGACAUUAAUUCUUAACUUUCAUUUUUUUCCUGCAACUAUUUAAUUUCUCUCUCUUCUUUUUUUAUUUAAUUUGAUUAUUAUUAAUUUUUAUUUUUUUAGAGGCCCAUCGUUAGGAUUUUAUUUUCUUAUUUGUUAUUAUAAUAGGAAACCCCGUUCUUGACGCAUCAUUUCCACCAUUCACCAACACAAGACAACAUCAUUAGCACAAACCUCUAGUUGUCCCGUUUCCUCAGACCCUCUUCAGAAACAAAGAGGCUUAGCUCCAAACUCUCUCUUGGUUUUUCAUGAUUUGGUUUUCUUUCCUUUUUCCACACCCCCCUCUUCUUUGAUCCCCUUAAGAAUUCUUUUUUUUUUUUUUUAGUUUGUUUCUGAAUAAUGGGUAUUAGUUUAUAUAACACGCGCUUAUUUACAAUCAGAGGGAAAAAAAAAAAAAAAUUGGUGGGGGUUACUCACCACCAAAUGAGCUGAUCAUUAUCUCUGAUAACACUUGUCACCUUUAUAAUAUGGCCGGUUCAUUAUUAUUCCUUCUAGAAUUUAUUUAUUUAUUUAUCUCUUUUUUUUAUUUUUUUCUUUUAACAAUGUUGGCCUUUUUAUUAUUAUUAUUAUUAUUAUUAUAAUUUUUAACCUUUUUCUUCAGUUUUCAUUUUCUCUCACUCUCUCUUUAUAAGUUCACAAUCGGUUAUGAUUUAAGGAUGAUGAAGUUAAAGGUUGAUGGGUAUUAAUGGUGGUGGUGAAUUUGAUGCAGUAUUAGUAGUACCAGCGGCUAUGAUGGAGUCAAUGGAGUCCAGUGUCCCACCUGGCUUCCGGUUUCAUCCAACAGAUGAAGAACUCGUUGGAUAUUAUCUGAGAAAGAAAGUAGCCUCACAAAAGAUCGAUCUUGAUGUUAUCAGAGAUAUUGAUUUGUACAGAAUAGAACCAUGGGAUCUUCAAGAGAGAUGUCGGAUCGGAUACGAAGAGCAGAACGAGUGGUAUUUCUUCAGCCACAAAGAUAAAAAGUAUCCGACAGGAACGAGAACUAACAGAGCUACCAUGGCUGGGUUUUGGAAAGCAACAGGAAGAGACAAGGCGGUGUAUGAUAAGACAAAACUUAUUGGCAUGAGGAAAACACUCGUAUUCUAUAGAGGAAGAGCUCCCAAUGGACAGAAGACUGACUGGAUCAUGCACGAGUAUAGACUUGAAUCCGAUGAGAAUGGGCCUCCACAGGAAGAAGGAUGGGUGGUAUGCAGAGCAUUCAAGAAGCGAACCACGGGACAAACGAAGAACAUGGAGGGGUGGGACUCAAGCUACUUCUAUGAAGAAUCUAGCGGUGUUAGCUCAGUGGUCGAUCCACUUGAUUAUAUCUCAAGGCAGCCGCAGAAUAUUUUACCUCAGAACUUCUUGUGCAAACAAGAGAUAGAGGCUGAUAAUUUGAGUUUCAUGCAGUCUGAUAGUUUUGUGCAACUUCCUCAGCUAGAGAGUCCAUCACUUCCAUUAAUAAAGAGGCCGAGCAACUCAUCAAUGUCUCUAAUAUCAGAGAACAACGAAGAUCAAGACGAGCAAAAUAGAUCACCAGCCGGUGGUAGGGGGUGCAAGAAUAAUAAUAAUAACAAUACUAAUAACAAUGAGAAGAAAGUGACAGAUUGGAGAGCGCUGGACAAAUUUGUUGCGUCUCAAUUGAGUCAAGAUCAAGAGAGAUUUGAAGGUGAUGGGGAAUCAAGCUUUGGACCCCAUCGGGAUUCGGAUUUGGCAUUGCUUUUGUUGCAGACUAGUGGUGGUACUGGUAGUGUUAGAGAUGAAGGGAAUAAGUUGAGUGGAUUUCUAAAUCCAAGCUCGGACUGUGACUUUGGGAUAUGCAUAUUCGAGAAAUGAAGAAUAAUAGUUAUCCAAGAAGAGAGAUCGAUACCAUAUAUAUCAAGAAGGUUAUAUUAUUAAUGGUAGUACUACUAUAAAAAUGUUAUGGAAAGGUUGAUGGAAACCUUUCAGGGACAUAUAUUAGUUCUUGUAAAAAUAUGGUUGUGAAUGAGUGAAAAAAACUCUCUCUCUCUCUCUCUCAAGCACUCAUAAUCAUGCUUACGCAUUCGAGAAAAACGAAUGCUGCAUUAUUUAACUUUUCUCUUUUUCUU